UGUAAGCCAUUCGCAGACAGAGAAACAGGGGAGGGAGGGUGGUGGUGCUUCAUGCUUCGCUCAUCGGGACGUUUGGCGUCCGUUUCCCUUUUCUCCGGAGCCUCUGUCUUCAUCCCUCUCUCUCACUCUCUCCGCUCAGCAAGAACCGAGAGAGGACUGAACCAUAAAGCAAGCAAACGGGGAGAAGAAGAGAAGGGGGGCGGGGGCGCUUCGUCCCCUGUCGCUGCACCGAAACCAACACCGACCCGUUACAGUUUGACCGCCAUUUCCGCUAAAUGUGGGGACCUUUCUUCAUCUGGGCCUAUAAAGCUUGAGCCUUUUCGCUUCUUUUCUGCCAUUGCCAUGACCUGCUUGAGCGACGACAGCGGCGCCCCCCUGCUCUCGGAGAUGAUUCCGAGGCGGGUGUCGAUCAAAGAGCAGAGCCUGGAGGGGUACCUGGAGUGCCCGCCCGAGAAGGUCUUCCCCGUCUACGCGAUGGGGGUCUGCAGGCCCGAGUCGGAAUCCGUCGUCUCCGUCUCGGGCUCCGGCGACCCGAUUUGGGACGCCGUGAGGGAAGAGGCCAAGUUGGAGGCAGAGAAGGAGCCUAUUUUGAGCAGCUUUUUAUAUGCCAGUGUCCUAUCACAUGAAAAUUUGGAGCUGGCAUUGGGGUUUGUUUUGGCCAAUCGGCUUCACAAUGCUACACUGCUGGCAACACAACUUGUUGACAUCUUUUAUGAUGUUAUAACGAAUGAUAAAGCCAUUCAACGUGCUAUCCGCCUGGAUGUGCAGGCAUUCAGAGACAGAGAUCCAGCUUGUAUAUCGUAUAGCUCAGCCCUAUUGUAUCUUAAGGGUUACCAUUCCUUGCAAUCAUAUCGAGUGGCACAUGCAUUGUGGAAAAAAGGAAGGAAAGUACUCGCCCUGGCAUUGCAAAGCCGUGUUAGUGAGGUUUUCGGAGUUGACAUACAUCCUGCCGCUAGAAUUGGAGAGGGAAUACUACUGGAUCAUGGGACAGGCUUGGUUAUUGGCGAGACUGCUGUUAUUGGAGACAGAGUUUCCUUGAUGCAGGGUGUGACUCUGGGAGGGACCGGGAAAGGGACCGGUGAUCGUCAUCCAAAGAUUGGUGAAGGUGCACUUAUUGGAGCAAGUGUAACCUUACUUGGAAAUAUCAAAAUUGGGGAGGGUGCGAUGAUCGCAGCUGGUUCCCUGGUAUUGAAUGAUAUUCCUCCACAUGGCAUGGUAGCAGGAAUACCGGCGAAGGUGAUUGGUUAUGUAAUUGAGAAAGAUCCAUCAUUGACAAUGAAACACGAUGCAUCCAGAAACUUUUUCGAGCAUGUUGCUGUGAAAUUCACAGGUAGAAGGUCCACAGGAGUUCAAGAUCCGGGAAGAAACAAUUGAAGCGCGUGAUAAAGCUCACGAGCAAUCUGAAUUAUUUUCAGGAGUUCAAGAUCCAGGAAGAAACAAUUGAAGCGCGUGAUAAAGCUCACGAGCAUCGAUCUUUCUGCGAAGAAGCUGGCCGGGCAUGCGUGCUCUUUAAAUUGGAGCGAACAGUAUCGUGUAUUAAAAUAACAUAACAUGGAGGUUUAUUUGGCAUUGAUAAACCUCUAGUCUGUCUGUAAUCAUCUUAUUGAUUGGGUAGCCAAACAUGUGAAAUCUUUACAUGA